CCCCUGGCAGCCAAAAUGAAGUCUCUGCUGUCUGUGUGCUGCAUGCUGGCUCUGCUGGCUCUGACUGCUGCAGGAUCCUCUGUCCAUGAUGAGGAGCCUCUGGUGCAGCUGCAGCUCCAGCAGCCUGAAGGAGACCUCUUCUCCUGUGUAUGUGACACAACAGAGGAGCGUGCCACCCAGAGCUCCUCCAAUGACACUCCAGCCCCAGAGAAGGCCAUGUGCCAGCCCUGCUCCAAACCCCCAUCAGCUUUAGAUACUGAAGAAGAGCCCAUUUCUUCCCUAGAACAUGAAGAAGAGGAAGAGGAGGAGGAAGCAGCUCCUGCAGAGGAGGAAACAAGUGAUGGAGAAGAGGAAGAAGAGGAGGCAGCUCCCUUAGAAGACACAGAAGAAGAGGAAGUGGAUGAUCAAAGUGUGAAGGAGGCAGUAGCAUCUGAAGAAGAGGAAAAUAAAGAGGCAGAGGAGGAGGAGGCAAUUGAAACUCAGGAAGAAGUUGGAGAAGAUGAACCUGAAGUUGAAGAAACAGUUGAAGAAACAGAGGCAGCAGAGGAAGAAAGCGUAGAAACUCUGACACAGGGAGCUGUAGAGGAGGAAGAUGCAGCUGCUGAGGAGGAGGCUGCAGAUACUGUAUCUGAACCAGGACCUCAGACAGACUCUGAACCUGAGGAAUCAGAACCAGAAGUAACAGCAGAACCAGAGAUUGAAGUGGUUGCAGAGCCUGAACCUGAACCAGAGGUGCCUGCAGAACCAGAGCCUGAAGUCAUUGCAGAGCCUGAACCAGUGACUGAAGAGGAGUCAGAGCUUGAACCCGAACCUGAAGUGUCUGCAGAGCCUGAAGUAGAACCAGAGGUAACAGCAGAGAUUGAGUCUGAAGUUGUUUCAGAACCCCAACUAGAACCAGAACCAGUGUCUGAAGUGGUAUCAGAGCCUGAAGUAGAACCAGACGUAACAGCGGAGUCUGAGCCUGAAGUAAUUCCAGAGCCAGAGGUGAUUCAAGAGCCUGAACCAGAACCAGAGGUGACUGCUGAACCAGCGAUUGAAGUGGUUGCAGAGCCUGAACCAGAACUAGAACCAGAGGCUGUUCCUGUUGUGGAGCCAGAGCCUGUUGUGGAGGAGGUCACACCUGAACCUGUGGAGGUUUUGGAGGAGGAACCAGAGGAGGAGCCUUCACAGUCUCAACCUAAAGCUCAUGAGGAAGAAGAGCCAGCGGGCCCAGCCAUGAGAGACCGCUCCCACAUUGAGAACACACUGCGAUUGGCUGCUGCUGAACCCUCAGCCGAGUACUCAGCUGCUAUGAAGAAGCUGCUGAGCAUCUACCACACAGCCAUCAAGCCAAUGGAGCAAGCCUACAAGUAUAACGAGCUCAGGCAGCAUGAAGUCACGGAUGGUGAGGUCACCUCUAAGCCCAUGGUUUUGUUUCUGGGGCCCUGGAGUGUAGGCAAAUCCUCCAUGAUCAACUAUCUGCUGGGUCUUCACGGCACCUCACAGCAACUCUACACAGGUGCUGAGCCAACUACCUCAGAGUACACCGUCAUAAUGCACGGGGAGAGGUUUAAGACCAUAGAGGGCAUUGUCAUGGCAGCAGACAGCUCACGAUCCUUCUCACCUCUGGAGAAAUUUGGCCAAGGCUUCCUGGAGCGUCUGGUGGGCAUCGAGAUGCCUCACAAGCUGCUGGAGAGAGUCACCUUGGUCGACACACCCGGCAUCAUUGAAAACCGCAAACAGCAGGAAAGAGGUUACCCUUACAACGAGGUGUGUCAGUGGUUUAUCGAUCGGGCUGAUCUGAUCUUCCUCGUCUUUGACCCCACCAAGCUGGACGUGGGUGGGGAGCUGGAGAUGCUCUUCAAGCAAAUGAAGGGUCGUGAGUCUCAGAUUCGCCUCAUCCUCAACAAAGCUGACAGCCUGACCACCCAAGACCUGAUGAGAGUGUAUGGAGCUCUGUUCUGGAGCAUGGCCCCGCUUAUCAAUGCCACGGAGCCUCCCCGUGUUUACGUCAGCUCCUUCUGGCCUCUGGACUACACUGUAGACACCAGCCGGGAGCUCUUCAUAAAGGAGGAGACGUCUCUGCUGGAGGACCUCAACCAGGUGAUUGAGAAUCAAAUAGAGAACAAGAUCGCCUUCAUCCGCCAGCAUGCCAUCCGUGUCCGCAUCCAUGCUCUGUUGGUGGACCGCUACCUCCAGACCUACUAUGACAAGCUAGGCUGGUUCAGCGACCCCUACGAAGUCUUCCAAGACAUCGUCAACGAUCCAGACAAGUACUACAUCUUCAAAUCCAUCCUGGCCAAAACAAAUGUCAGCAAGUUCGACCUCCCCGACAAGAUGGCCUACCAGGACUUUUUUGGUGUGAACCCGGUGUCUGGCUUCAAGCAGCUGUCAUACCACUGCAGCUGGAGCAGCGGCUGUCUGCUGGAGAAGAUUGAGAGAGCCAUCUCCCACGAGCUCCCAGCUCUGCUCAGCAGCGUCAGUAAGACCCCAGACACGCCUCCGCCCACUAAGGCUGCACCUGCGCCUCCACCACCGCUCCCUGGAACCUGUGAAGGUCCCGGGUGUGAGGAGAAACCAAAGAAUCGCUGGAGGAGGCAGUGAGAUGGAGGAGAGAAGGGAGCGAAGGAAAGGAACAGAGGAGGCAGAUGGCAGCAGCAGCCAGAGGGUUUCCUGAAAUGAUACCCACUGUGACGGUUUUUGUGGAGACUGAGAGGAAGAAGAAUACAAAGGGUGUAAGAUGUAACAAGCAGACCGGGAUUUCAAGUCUUCUUUGUGCUUUUUUCUCUGAAUAGAACAACAAAUGACUUUUACUGCAAUGGGACACUUUGAGAGCUUUUACAUGAAGUUUUUACAUGACUACUCUGUGGUUCACAUUGUUCUUUACACCAUCCCUUUAAUACUAGACUAGUCAACAGAUAGAUAUUUUUGACUGGGUUUGGUGGGGGGAAAGGUAGAAAAACAGCUGUUGAAACUUUCAAACCCAAUGUCCAGUUUUUUUAAUAUCUGGAGGAGAUGAAAACCUCCAAAUCAUGAUGAAACAGAAAAGGAUCACACAUGUCAACUUCAAAUACAGCCAUUUUUGCUAAAAACAAGUUUGUACAUUAUUUAUUAUUUUUUCCUUCAUAGAAAGAUGCUGGCAGUGUUGAAUUCAAAUAUUGCCACACUCUUAUCCUCUGUGUUUUUAAAGUCUGAAGAUUCAGAUAAAAUGCUGUGCUGUGUUUAUGCAUUUAAACCUGUUUAGUAUAUUAUUAUUUUCAGCGGUGGGGCAUUUUAUUAGAAACUGUUCAAUAGAAAAGCUCCAAGCAGUGAUUUAGCUGUUGUGCUGUAUUACAUACUGUACUGUAUAUUUAUUUUUCUGUCUUGUGUUACACUGAAUUCAUGAUGAUAAACAAAAUGUUUAUUUGAACAUUUCUCAAUUCUAGUUUGAAUACAUGGUACUCUUCUCCAUUAAUUUGUAGUUUUCUGUUUGAGCUUACACUGCAGAUAAAAAGUUUUC